UUCAAAGAAAACAAAAUCCAAGCUGGGGGAUCCGAAAUCUGAACCCAGAAUCCGAUUCGGAAACGUAACUCACUUCCUGUUCAAAUUCGUAGGGUUUUUCUUACCUCCAUUUCCAACUUCCCCAAAACGCCGAAGAGCUUCUAGAAUUUGAAAUGGUGAGCAGAGAAGAGACCAAAACCCUCACUCUCCUCUGCAUCGCUGCAGCAGCGGCGUCUCUAAUCGCCGUUUCGGCAUGCUACCGCGGUCGCAGGCGGGAGCAGCGCCGCCGUCCGGCGAUGCCGACUGGAGUUUUCGAGGAGAAGCCUCAGAAUCGUUUCAAGCGCGUGCUCGCCGAUAACUCCUACUCUCCUUUCAAGCACUAUAAGCGAGAGGGCAAAGAAAAAGAAAUCUCUUUGAAAGUGCAUCCAUAUGAAGAAGAGAUCGACUUUUUGAUGGAGAACCCUCCCACCUCAAUGGAAUUUAUUGUAAAUCGUGAACUUUCAGCUAUGGGUGAUUCCUAUGUUUGGGUAGACACAGAGGAUCAACUACAGACUGUAGUGAGCUUACUUAGCAAGGAACAGGCCUUUGCUGUCGAUACGGAACAACAUAGUUUGCGGUCAUUUCUUGGAUUUACUGCUCUAAUGCAGAUUUCAACUCAAAAGGAGGAUUUCCUACUGGACACAAUUGCUUUACAUGAUGCAAUGGGCAUUCUCCGGCCUGUUUUUGCUGAUCCUUCUAUUUGUAAGGUAUUGCACGGAGCUGAUAAUGAUGUUCUUUGGCUUCAGAGAGACUUUCAUAUAUACGUUGUGAACAUGUUCGAUACUGCUAAGGCAUGUGAGGUUCUAUCAAGACCACAGAAAUCAUUGGCAUACUUGCUUGAGGCAUAUUGUGGAGUAUCAACUGACAAGAGAUUCCAGCGUGAGGACUGGAGAUUACGUCCGUUAUCACCAGAGAUGAUUCAAUAUGCUCGUACUGAUGCUUAUUACUUGCUAUAUAUUGCUGAUUGCUUAUCUUCUGAGCUCAGAAAUGAAAAUCUUGCUUGUCCCGAUGAUAAAUUCAAUUUAUUCUCCGAGGCCACUCGCCGUUCAAAUAUGGUUUGCUUGCAGCUUUAUGCAAAAGAUAUCGAAUCUACUCCUGGAGCUUCAGCUGCAGCAUCUAUAUACUCUCGAAAUUUGCACAUUCAAGGACUUACACCCUUGAGAACUUCUGAAAUUAAAGAACUUCUAUGGAAAUUAUGUGCAUGGAGAGACUUAAUGCAAACUGUGGAGGGUAAUGAGGCAACAAAGAAGUUCUACUAG